AUUAUAGUACACUAUAUAAGGAAUAGGGCUCUAGUCUAAAGUAGUGCACUAUAUAGGCAAUAGGGCUCUGGUCAACAGUAGUGCACUAUAUAGGGAAUAGGGUGCCAUUUGGGAUGGAAGAGGAAAGACAGAUUGUAUCAUCUCUCUGCCUUAAACACGCCUCAAAUUUCACUGUCAGAGAGAGUGUUUCUGAGAAAUGGGAAAUCCUGUGUGAAAGGAGAAGCAGGGAAAAGGAGAAAGGAGCUGAAAACAGAGGAAAGGGAAAACCCCUCUCUUUCUCUGUCUCCCCUUCUCAUUGGAUGACUGUCAGAGAAAGGGUGGGGCUUAUUAUAAAUACAGUAUAAAUACAAGCCAAGCUCUCCUCCAUUCACAACUUCCAUCACUUGACUGAGCAGUCCAUCCAGACUAUAAAAGAAACUGAAGAAGCAGUAUCCAUGACCAACACGAUGACAUCAACGGUCCUCAUCAGCUUCCUGGCCUGUCUGCUCCUGGCCAAUGUUGAAGGCCAGGUGGGUCAUUCUAAAGCUCGGUGCCAGUGUCUGAAUGGACUGGUGAACCGUGUUAAACCUCUUCACAUUGAGAAGCUUGAGGUGUACACCUCCAGCAACUCCUGCAGGAACAUGGAGAUCAUUGUCACUCUGAAGAACGGAGAAGGGAAGAAGUGUCUGAAUCCAGAGGCUCCAUUUGCCAAGAAAACCAUUGAGAAAAUAAUGAAAAAACAAAGGAGUGUGCAGUAAAAUGAAUGACACCAGUUUAGGUGAGAACUCGAUAGAGAGACAGAGCUGGAGGAAUGCAAAGAAGACUGCCUGAAAACUGCCUGAAGACUGCCUGAAGACUGCCUCAAAACUGCCUGAAGACUGCCUGAAGACUGCCUCAAAACUGCCUGAAGACUGCCUGAAGACAGCCUGAAGACAGCCUGAAGACAGCCUAAAGACUGCCUGAAGACUGCUUGAAGACAGCCUGAAGACAGCCUAAAGACUGCCUGAAGACUGCCUGAAGACUGCCUGAAGACAGCCUAAAGACUGCCUGAAGACUGCCUGAAGACUACCUGAAGACUGCCUGAAGACAGCCUGAAGACUUCCUGAAGACUGCCUGAAGACUAUCUGAAGACUGCCUAAAGACUGCCUGAAGACUGCCUGAAGACUGCCUGAAGACUGCCUGAAGACUGCCUGAAGACUGCCUAAAGACUGCCUGAAGACUGCCUGAAGACUGCCUGAAGACUGCCUGAAGACUGCCUGAAGACUGCCUAAAGACUGCCUGAAGACUGCCUGAAGACAGCCUAAAUAUAUGUUUACACUGUUGAAUGGUACUUAGAAAGUUGUUUUUAACUGUACAAAGUCAGUAUCUGUUACACAAUAUGACUUACUAGUUAAGUGACAUUUCUAGCAUUUCCAAUGGAAAAAA